ACACAAGAGUUGAAUAUUUAUCGAGCGGCGGCGAUCUAUUGGCUUGAUCAGUCGUCAGCGGAACGGUAUCGGCAACGAAAGUGUUUUCAGACGUGUAUUUACAGCGCUAAAUGAAUAUUAAACAAUUUUAGAAUUGUUAAGAAAAACUCGCUGGCGCGUCAAAAACAAACAAAAAAAAAAAAACACAAGAAGCGGCUGUUCUGACAACAAGUGAAUUGAGAAAGAGCUACAUCCACACGCACAUACAUACGUCCUCACCACUGAUUACUGCAGCGCGAUUAUAACUUUUCCGGCACAUCGCCAACCACAAGACGAACACAACGCAUACGCCGUCGCACCCACGCUCGCGCGCGUCAAUCAAAACAAAACAAAGCAAAAGCAAAAACAAAAGCAAAAGCAAGAGCAAAAGCGAAAGCGAAUUAAAUGGCCAGCAAUAGCAGCGACAGUUCGGCGAAUGGCAACGGCGCCAUAAAUGUUGAAGACUCACACUUCGGUCACGAAAUGCUACGCGUCAUUGUGGCCACGCACAGCAAUGAGAAUGUUAUCAUAUCACCGCUGCAGCUGGAAGCAUUGCUCACGCUACUCUAUCUUGGCAGUGAUGGCAGCACCGCAGAGGAGCUACAUCGAGUGCUGCAGCUCAAACGCUUUGCAAGCAAUGCCAAAAUGGCCAAUCACUAUGCGACGGAACUACAGCUGAGCACCGACAUUGCAGCCGAUACGCACAUGCAAUUGUGUAGUGAAUUGUUGUUGUCAGAGCAGAUUGAAAUCGGUGAUGAAUUUCGAAAAAUUGCUCAAAAAUAUUUCCACACCACAAUGGUGCAACGGGAUCUAGGUAACAUAGCGAAAUUGCGCGCGCAACUCGACGAGGAUUUGGCGAAAGUAGCCAAAGGCUACUCGUGGCACAUUAGCGACUCUCUGUUAUCCACUGUCACAAUGCCUGAAGCAGCAUCGGCGGCUGUCGUGUUGGCAGCUGUGCAUUUUCAAAACAAAUGGUUUUUACCGUUUAGUGCUUACCGCACUGGGUUGUAUGAUUUUCAGUUAAGCGCGGAUGAGACGCCGCCCGCUAAUGGGCAGCAGCAGUUGACGUCUACAACUGUAACGGUGCCUAUGCUUUUUGACGAUGAUAUGUUCGUGAAAUUUGCUGAGUUUCGCGAGCUGGACGCACGUGCUAUUGAGCUGCCUUACGAGCAUGAUGACGAGCUGUCUAUGUUGGUGGUGUUGCCCAAUCGGAGCGAUGGUCUGCCGGCGCUUGAAAAACAAUUGCAAUCUUUGGAACUCAAUACACUGGCGGAGCGUAUGCAGAUGGAGAGUGUGCAGGUGCUUUUGCCAAAGUUUAAAAUCGAUUUUGAAUGCAGCCUGCUGCGGGUGUUGGAACAGUUGGGCAUCACAACGAUUUUCUCCAAAGCGUCAAAUUUUAAAAAUAUGUUGCGUGAUAACUGCACUGUGCCGCUGACGAUUGCGGAUAUUCUGCAUAAAGUUUGCAUUGAGGUGAACGAGUCUGGAUCUGAAGGUGCCAAUAGUGUUGUCUACAAACCCAUUGUAAUCAGCAAUUCGAUUGACUCCCGCAAGAAAUUCUUCCGUGCUGAUCACCCUUUCUACUUUGCCAUACGAAGUCGAGAAGCCACGCAUUUCGUGGGUCAUAUAACAAAAUUUUGAAACAAAAAAUUAAGUUAUUUUUGUCCACGAAAAUUGUUCCAAUUUAAAUGUAAUGUAAUAUGAGAUUUUUUAUGUAUAUAUUUAUAUAAUGUUUGUUGCUCUAAAAUACUCAUAAAUCAAUUGUGUUGGAGGAAAUGUCAGAGAUUAAUUAAAUAUUUAUAAUACCUACGAGUUAA